AUGAAUGCCACCAUACAUCCGUCGGCGUCGUUCGACGAGCAGAGAGCGGCGGAAUCCCUAGAAAGAGCGAUGAGAGGCUUCGGCACCGACAAGAAAAAGGUGGUCGAUGUACUCGUCGGAUGCAAUAACGCCCAACGACAAAUGAUUCGUACACCGUACAAGGUUCGCUACGGUAAGGAUCUUGAGUCCGAACUAAAACGUGAACUAUCUGGAGAACUGGAGGAUGUUAUAGUUGCGCUGAUGCAGACGCCAACGAAGCGUGACGUUCUCGACAUCCAGAAAGCAGUUAAGGGUUUUGGUACGAACGAAAAAGUUCUGAUCGAAAUUCUCGCUUCACGCAGCAAUGAAGAAAUUCAGGCGAUACGGUAG